ACAGAUAGAUCUUUUUGCAUCUCAGACCUCGGCUCAGACUCCCAAAUUUGUAACCAGGACUUGGGCAAAAGGAGCUUGGAAGAUGGAUGCGAUGUCCUUCCAGUGGACAGACAUUCCGGGCCUUUAUGCUUUUCCCCCUCCAUCUAUUCUGAUGAAGGUGUUAGAGAAACUUUGCAGAGACAGG